AUGCCCACCGACCCAGUAAAGCUGCUACAAACCGACCAUGACGGGACACCGCCACCCCGUCCGGAUUCCCAAGUCGACCAAGCCAUCGCCGUCAAGUACUGGAGCGACAAACCCGCAACAGUGAACGGCAUGCUUGGCGGCUACGCCCAAGUCUCACGGACAGAUCUACGCGGAUCCCGAAACUUUCUCGCAAAGGCUCGUCGAUUAGUUCCCGGGUGUCCUGCGACGGGGAAACUCAAGCGCGGUGUAGACUGCGGGGCUGGGAUCGGCCGCGUGAUUAAUGAUUUUCUUGGCCAGGAGUGCGAGGUCGUUGAUGCCGUUGAGCCGGUCGAGAAGUUUUCCCGGGUGUUGAGUGAGAGGCGAUUGACGAGGCAUUGUGCGCUAGGGGAGGUGCUGACUAUCGGGAUUGAGAAUUGGGUCCCUGGGGUUAAGAUGUAUGAUCUUAUCUGGGCGCAGUGGAGUGUGCCCUAUUUGACGGAUGUGCAAUUGGUUGAGUACUUGGUGCGGUGUCGGGGUGCUCUGACGGAUGUUGGGAUUAUGGUUAUUAAAGAGAAUAUCUCUGAGGAGCCAGAGGGGGAUAUCUACGAUGAGUCAGAGAGCAGUGUGACAAGGACUGAUGAGAAGCUGAGAAAGCUAUUUAAAGAAGCUGGAAUGCAGCUGAUCUUGUCAGAAGUACAAUCGGGCUUUCCUCGACAAUUGAGGCUUUUACCUGUCAGGUCUUAUGCGUUACGACCGAGGAGCUAG